CACCACGACACGCCCCGACACGGUAGGGAUACGCAAAGAUGCCUCGGGACCCGCUCAUUGGUCUGGUCGGCAAGCCGUCCUCCGGCAAGUCUACCACGCUCAACAGUUUGACGGACGCCACGUCGAAAGUUGGCAACUUCCCUUUCACCACCAUCGACCCUCAGCGUGCCGUCGGAUACCUUCAGAUUGAAUGCGCGUGCUCGCGCUUUGACGUGUCGGAUAAAUGCAAGCCCAACUACGGCGCGUGCGUGGAUGGCCGGCGCAGCGUUCCUAUUGAGCUGCUGGACGUUGCCGGUUUGGUGCCUGGCGCGCACAUGGGCAAGGGAUUGGGAAACCGCUUCUUGGAUGAUCUGAGACACGCGGACGCGCUUGUACAUGUUGUGGAUGUUAGUGGAACCACGGACGCGGAGGGCAAGGCAACGAGAGGAUAUGAUCCUUACCAGGAUAUUGCUUGGCUACGCGACGAGAUCAUGCGGUGGAUAUUGGGUAAUCUGAUGCAGAAGUGGGGUUCAGUAAAACGGCGGCACGUCGCCGUAAAGGCCACGGCAGUCGAAACGCUGCAAACGCAAUUCUCCGGUUACGGCGCCAACUCAACGAUUAUUGCGCGCUGUCUUGACAAGCUAGCUUUGAAAGAACCGCUCCAGGACUGGUCAAACGAGACGAUAGAAAAGGUCGUCAACGCGUUCAUUGACGAGAAAUUCCCCACCGUCAUCGCGCUGAACAAGAUCGAUCACCCCGAUGCCGACAAGAACAUCGCCAAGAUCGCGAAAUCCCACGCCCCGGAAACCCUAGUCCUGUGCUCCGCCAUCAGCGAAGUCUUUCUCCGCCGGCUGGCCAAGCAGGGCUUCAUCAAAUAUACAGAAGGCAGCGAAUUUCUCGACACAAGGGAAGACCUGAUCGAGGCCGGCGACCCCGACGGCGGCGGCCUGAAAGAGAUGGACGAGAAGCUGACGCAGCGUAUCGAAAACCUCAAGGACCUAGUACUUUACCGCUUCGGUAGCACUGGUGUUGUGCAAGUUCUGACGCGCGCGUCGGAGCUCCUGGGCCUCGUUCCCGUGUUCCCGGUUAGGAAUAUCCACUCCUUCUCCGCAACAGGCCAGACGGCCGUGUUCAGAGAUUGUGUAUUGGUCAAGAAGGGCUCGACUGUCGGCGACGUGUAUAGGAAGGUCAUGGGCGACGCGCCGCUGGCGUACGUGGAGACAGUGGGCGGCGUGAGAGUCUCGGAGGAUGAUCUCGUCGCGGUGAAGAAGAACGAUGUUUUGUCCUUUAAGGUCGGUAGGGCAUAGUUGUAUCCUGCUCUGAGGGUAUCUAGAGUAGCCAGAUUUAGAUACUGGUCUGCGUCUGCAGUGAGAUGAAGAGGAUCUAAUAGUUUGGCUCAAUGUCAGAUGCCUAGGAUACCUCGUUUUGAGCAACUUUUCCGUUGCUACUAUGGUCGUGGCGUGCAUAAACUGGCGUUUGGAAGAUACCUGAGCGCCAUGCUUUGGGACGUCAAAGACUGAACAACUACGUGUAUAUCAACUACGUGUA